AUGCGUUCUACUACCGUUUUCGCCUCCGCCUUGGCCUUCGCCGCCUCGGCUUUCGCCCAGACUGCUGGCUACGCCGUCAUGACUUCGCCUGCUGAGGGCACCAAGGUCGCCUCUGGCAAGGCCUUCACCAUCAAGUGGGAUGCUGGCAAGUACACCGGCCAGGCUACCGUCUCUCUCCUCGGAGGCGCUACCCCUUCCACUCUUACUCCCGGCCCCGUCCUGACCACCGUCGACGUUACCGCUGGCACUUUCACCUGGGAUGUUGACUGCUCUCUCGGCACUGACAAGACCUACGGUAUCAAGAUCGCCUCCGUCGCCGAUGCCAGCAUCUUCCAGUACUCUUUCCCGUUCUCCAUUGAGGGACCCUCGUGCGGCACCGAGUCCACCAGCCGAAGCGCCUCUACCACCGCCGGUGGUUACCCUACUGCUGGCAGCAGCAGCUCUUCGGUCGUCUCCAGCUCCAAAUCCAGCACUGCUGGAUACCCCACCACUUCCGUCUCCAGCGCUCCCUCGUACCCUACCGCCACCUCCGUGAGCAGCGCGGUCACCAACAGCACCAGCAGCGCCGUUGUCCCUACGUACUCUGCCUCCACCAUUGUCACCCCCUCAGGCAACCUCUCCGUCUCCGCUAGCUACCCGGCCACCACCAUCGUGACCAGCGCUACUGGUGUCACCCCCAGCGCUACCGCCACCACCUCUGGCCCUGCGGUCGUCACCGGUGCCGCCGCUGCUAACGCAGCCGGCUCCUUCGCCCUCAUUGGCGGUGUCGCUUUCGCCGUCCUCGCCAUGUAAAGCAGUGGUUCGCGUUUUCUCUGGGACUAAUGGAAAAAUCGGGGGAUAGGAAUUAAUGAACUUAAUUGAACGGGCUCGUCUGACACGGACGACGGCUUAGGAUUCAAUUGUGCGCUAGGGAUCCUAGGUAAAAACCUUCAGAUGGAUGCGAUUUGGUAGUCGUAUAAUGCCCCGCACGUUUCUUGUCAAUUAUUUGAUAGGCGCCCUGUCGCAUCCUGAAUAUACCUUCUCAAAACUACUAUUACUUUUUCUCCUCCCUCCCUUGCUUGACUUGUUUGCGUGUGAUGUGUUUGUGUAUGGCAUGAUUUUAUCCCCCUUGAUAGCUAGGUCGCUUUGAUAGCUCUAGGUUAUAAGAGGCAUGUAUAUCGUACAUAUCGUUUCUUCGAGGCGAGUGAGGUGACAUUGAGAGAUGGUAAGAUAGAUAGAUGGAUAGGUGUAUGUAGUUGAAAUAUACUUCGAAAGGAGAGACAACGUCGAAUAAGUAACACAUCAGACGUCCCUAAGGUUCAACUCAAUGACUA